GAAUCAACAGUCUGCUGGGCAGUGGUGUCUACACAGAGGCCUACCCAUUGCAUGAUGGUGAUAUUGAUGGUGUACAUGCUGAAACCAAUGACAGAAAGAUCUUGUAUGAACAGUGGGCGAGUUACAGCAUAUUCUACAAGUACCAACCCAUCGGACUAGUCAGGAAGUAUUUUGGUGAGAAAGUGGGCCUGUACUUUGCCUGGCUGGGAGUGUAUACUCAGAUGCUAAUCCCAGCAGCAAUUGUGGGAGUCAUUGUGUUCCUGUACGGCUGUGCCACUGUGGACGACAACAUCCCCAGUAUGGAGGUCUGCGACGAGAGAAACAAUAUCACCAUGUGCCCAAUGUGUGACCGAGCCUGCAGCUACUGGAAACUGGUCACGGCUUGCGGCACGGCUAGGGCCAGCCACCUGUUCGACAAUGCGGCCACCGUCUUCUUCGCCAUCUUUAUGGCACUAUGGGGUCAGCAGCUCUGUUCUCCUUUCAUGUUCACCCGCAUGCUUUGUUGCUGCUGUACACCAACUGUUGUGUCUCUACAUAUUGAGGACAGACUUGCUCUGACAAAUGCUGAAGAGAUUUGUGCCCUGUUAAGUCCUGUAUAUGUUGGGAAUUGUUUUCUCUGUUUUUCCCAGAGUCACCCGAGAGCAGAGUAUGAGUUCCAUGUCAUGAAGAAGUCCUUGAAGAAAGAACAAUCCCCAAAGGCAGGAAAUGUGAAGCUGACAUGUAGAGACAGAAUGCCAGCAUACAUGACUAUUAUCGUCAUGAUGUUUUUUUUGAUCUUUGUGACCUUGGCCAUCGUGUUUGGUGUGGUGCUAUACAGGGUCUCCAUUAUGACUGCCCUGCACAUGAGUUCCACUCCCACGUUCCGCACUAAUAUACGGGCCACCGUUAAAACCACUGCUGCUAUCAUCAAUCUCAUUAUCAUCAUCAUAAUGGAUGAGGUCUAUGGAGCAAUUGCACGUUGGCUCACUAUUAUGGAGGUGCCAAAAACUGACAAGAGUUUUGAGGAGAGGCUGAUCUUCAAGACAUUCAUAUUGAAGUUCGCAAAUGCAUUUACCCCUAUUGUGUACCUGGCAUUCUUCAGAGGCAGAAUCAUUGGACGUCCUGGCAAAUAUCUCUACGUUAUGGGGUCUUACCGAAUGGAAGAGUGCGCCCAUGCCGGCUGUUUGAUGGAAUUGUGCAUUCAGCUCUGCAUCACCAUGCUUGGCAAACAGCUCAUCCAGAAUAACCUGUUUGAGAUAGGCGUUCCGAAACUGAAGAAAAUGCUCCGACAACGCAAGAUAGACAAAAAGCAUCAGGAAGAGCUGAACAAAACGCUUCAUCGUCACGAGAAGGACCACUUCCUUGGGCCCUUUGUCGGACUCAACCCAGAGUACAUGGAAAUGAGUGAGUCACUACACACUUCGCGCCCACACACACACACACAUACAGACGUAGAAACAUUUGUUUGUAUUCUCUCCUGGUCCUGCUGGCUGUUUUCCACACUCUUGUAGGAACACGACAUCAUUAAAAAUUUAUUGUAAUUACA